AUGGAGAUUACACCAUUGCUUAAGUUAAUUGCAAGAGUUCUCACAUUUGUUUUCUUACUGGUAUACCUCAUCGUCCUUGCCAUUACCCAAAAUAUAAAUCGAAUUUUAGCUUAUCGUUAUAUGCUCUUUACAAUUGUGAUUGGAUUUGUGCACACAAUCCUACAAAUUGCCUUCACAAUAUUUCACUUAGUCUCUGGCCAAAAUAUUGGUGGACGUUUCUGGGUUCAUUUUGAGUUUUAUGGUGAUAAGGUUGCAUCACACUUACUAGCCACAGGAACAGCAGCAAGUUUUGGGAUUAGUCCUGUAAUUAACUCUGAGGAUCAAACUUUUCUAAAAAAAGGAUAUGUAGUUGCCAGUAUUCUUUUAAUUGCUUUUUUGUUUUCUGCUAUUUCCUCUAUUUUUUCUUCUUUAAGCCUCCACAAUAGGAGUUGA